CUACUACGCGACGCACAUGUUGGGGUGAAAGUGCGAACUGCCAUUUUUUUUUUUUAUAUCCUGGAGAAUUCUUCCUGACUAGGUAGGCAAGCGAAACCCAAACUCUGAGUCGUUCCACCGUCGCUAUAACCGUUUUAUUGCCGCAUCGAUCGCACCGAGCAGGUAUUCCACUCAUCUGUUAUAGAAAGCCGAGCAUUUUAAAGUCUGGCUAGAGCGCAUGCUGGCUAGUAGUAUGCGGUUAGCCGACUUAGCCGCCGCCAGCUAACGUUAGCUGUGGCUGUAAACAAACACUUUAACUAUCCAACGAGCAGUUGCUCUUCAACCAACUCAAAACGCUGCAGGUUUGUUAAUAUAGUUGCAUGGUUCCCUUGGUUUAACGGCUAAACUAGCGCUAUAACGCUGCUUUGUUUGGAGUCGGCAGCGGGAAGACGCUUUUUUUUUUUUUUUUUUUGCAAAAUCCUGCUUAAAGUAAACGUUUGACUUUUGAUGACAGCGCCAGUUGUCCACAACUAGCUCGGAGCUCAGUCGGUUUUGAGCCGAGGGGUCGUGGUGGGUCCGCUGCUCCCAAAGGACGCGCAGAGCAUCGCACCGACAUGUCGUCUUUCUCCGAGGCGGCCCUGGAGAAGAAGCUGACGGAGCUGAGCAGCUCGCAGCAGAGCGUCCAGACUCUGUCACUGUGGAUCAUCCACCACCGCAAACACUCGGGGCUCAUCGUCAAAGUGUGGCACAGAGAGCUAAAAAAAGCUAAAACCAGCAGGAAGCUGACGUUCCUCUACCUGGCCAAUGAUGUUAUCCAAAACAGCAAGAAGAAAGGACCCGAAUUCACAAAAGACUUUGAGACCGUACUCGUGGAUGCCUGCUCGCAUGUUGCCAGUGAAGUAGAAGAGAACUGUAAAAAGCACAUGGAGAGACUCCUGAACAUCUGGAAGGAGCGCAGCCUAUACAGAGCCGACUUCAUUCAGCAGCUGAAACUGGCCAUAGAAGACUCCCACAGCCCCAGACCUACAGUAGAGGAAAAAAAACCUGUGAAGCGAACCUAUCAAAAGAUCCAGCAGCAGCAGCAGCAGCAGCAGGAGCUGCAGCAGCAGGAGGAAGAAGAGGACGACGACGACGACUACAGAAGCCACGGCUCUCCUCACAUCACAGACACCGCCGCAGCUCAACUUACAGAAGAACUGGUGAAAGCGCUUCAGGACUUGGAGAACGCGGCAUCGGGAGACGCGGCUGUUAGACAGAAAAUUGCCUCGUUGCCACAGGAAGUCCAAGAUGUCUCGUUGCUGGAGAAAAUCACUGACAAGGAGGCUGCUGACAAGCUGUCCAAGACGGUGGAUGAAGCGUGUCUACUCUUGGCCGAGUACAACGGCCGACUGGCUGCAGAGCUGGAGGACCGCAGGCAGCUGGCGCGCAUGCUGACCGACUACAUCGGCAGCCAGAAAGAGGCGCUGAUGGACAGAGAGAAUAAACUAGAGGAGUACAAGCAGAAGCUAGCCAGAGUGACCCGGGUGAGAAAGGAGCUCAAGUCCCACAUCCAGAGUCUGCCCGACCUCUCCCUCCUACCCAACGUGACCGGCGGUCUGGCCCCGCUGCCCUCGGCCGGCGACCUCUUCUCCACCGACUGAAUAAUGGAGCUCAGACAAGCUAACCCGCCACAUCCUCACACACACACACACGCAACAACCGACCAACAUACACCCUCAGCCCGAGUAUUGCAGGGUGUGUCCUGAUGAGGUCACAUGUCCCAGCAGCACCCCCUGCAGGACAAAGUAGUGGUGGGAGGAUGAGGGGUUUGUGGAGGGGAUAAUACCAUUCGGUUUGGUGACAUCGCAGCACUCUCUAGAGGAGAACAGAGACUAUGUCAGCCUGGAUUUUCUCGCUUAGAUUUCCCUUCACCAUGUUUGGCGAAGUUAGUUUCUUCUUUGAUUUUAUUUGCUGUUUUUUUAUGCUUGCCAGGAGUGGUUAAGAGGGCGAUGUGGCUUUCAGUCUGCUCUCUACAUUACCUGGAUUUGCAAUGCGCCACAAGGCUACACUGUGAUGAGAAUGUACCAUUCAUUAGUUGUGUGUGUGGGUGUGGGUGUGUGUGUCUUUUAAAAAAAACAGUUCAUGUGGUGACUAGCAAGAUUUGGCAGAUUUAAGCAAACAGACAAGAAUAUUUUUGUAAAGCUUAAAGACACUUUCAUUUGGAAACGGAUGCUUGGGGGAAAAAAAGUGUAGGUUAAUUAUCAUUGCUAAAAAAUGUUACAAAAAACAGGCCAUUAUUUGUUCGAAACUGAAACUUUCACAUGAAGGCAAAAAAUCUCAGUUUUAAUGUGUACGGUAGUUAAUUGAUAAAAUACACUCACAAAUUAUGAGUCUUGAUUUGUGUGCACUACGAAUAAUUGACCGGAGCCACGCUAAACAAUCACAUUAUGAUCAUUAUUAUUAAUAAUAUGGUAAGUAUUGCCCAGCUCUAUUGCAUACCCAGAUAUCACAAAUCAGUCAGCUAGCUACAAAGUGUUGCAAAUGUCAUUUCUUGGUUGAUUUCAUCAGCAGGCAUUUGUGUAACAUUGUUACCAGUUGUCUGCACACAGAGCUGUUGGAUGUUCAAAGUUUGUUUUGGCAAAAUUUAGGUAAUAUAAAUGACAUCGAGCAACAGUCUGUAACCAGAAACAUGUCGUUUUCACAAUGUUUGCUAAACCAAAAGGUGGUGUUUGUAGUUUUUUUUUUUCUUUCUUCAAUCCAGUCACUGGUGGGGCGCCAAAGCACAACAAUCCAUGCAAAGGUGCAUACAGCCAUUGGAAGGAUAGAAGUAUUUCAUCAAGUCUGACCUGCGUGUGUCACUCUAGAUUAUUAGUUUACAUACAUCUGUUCUGCCCCUCCUCCCCUUGCUGUGUGCAGUUUGUAUUUAUCUCUGGAUAACCACACUUGUACAACCUGGAGUCUACCAGUAGGGUAGUUUUAUUUCUGUAAUGAAAGUGAUUCAAUGGAUGCCAAUAAACUGGGAUCAUUGA